UUACGUCAUCGGGAGGGCGCCGCUCUCAUUGGACGCAGAUGCGGAAGAGACGGAAUCACCCCGCUAACAACAACACUGACGGUUUCUGUUGAGUUUGUGUCUUCCGGAGGAGUUUUCAGGACCCCAUGGCUUUACCACCCCAACUCAGAGCCAUCCAGCACCACCUGCGCACCGCCCAGGAACAUGAGAAACGGGACCCGGUGGUGACCUAUUACUGCCGGCUCUACGCCAUGCAGACGGGCAUGAAGCUGGACAGCAAGACGCCAGAGUGCAGGAAGUUCCUGGUGAAGCUGAUGGAGCAGCUGGAGUCGAUGAAGAAGGAGCUGAGCGAUAACGAGUCCAUCAGUCAGGAGGUCGUCGGCAACGCCCACAUCGAAAACUACGCCCUAAAGUUGUUCCUGUACGCCGACAACGAGGACAGAGCGGGACGCUUCCACAAGAACAUGAUCAAGUCUUUCUACACCUCCAGUUUGCUGAUCGACGUUCUGACGGUCUUCGGGGAGCUGUCAGACGAGAAUAUGCGGCACCAGAAGUACGCCCGCUGGAAGGCCACCUACAUCCACAACUGCCUGAAGAACGGCGAGACGCCCCAGUCCGGCCCCAUCGGCAUGGAUGGAGACGAGGAAGCAGAUGAGUUUGGAGCCGAAGGUUUCUCAGGACAGAGUUUCUCACACGGGGGCUCCUUCAGGACGGACCUUCCUUCUCAGGACCAGAAUUCGAAUGAAGCUCCAGGCAUCGGCUUCGCUCCGGGUCCAACGGGCCCUCCUGCCUCCUCCAACUACAACAACAUCCAGAUCCCACCUGGGGCCCACGCACCCGCCAACACUCCGGCCGAGCUGCCCGCUCCUUCAGGCGAAGCUGCAAAACCGACGCCUGCAGGCCGGUCGGUUCCUGCUGUUGAUCCGUCGCUGCUCAACGCCCAGCAGCAGGGCGGCGUUCAGCUCUCCCCCGAAGACUUCACCAAGGCGCAGAAGUACUGCAAGUACGCCGGCAGCGCUCUGCAAUACGAGGACGUCGGCACAGCCAUCCAGAACCUCCAGAAAGCCUUGAAACUCCUCACCACCGGCAAAGAAUGAGCUCUUUGUCCGCCUCCCCUCUGACUCCUCCUUCCUCCUCUCCUUUUCUUCCAUCCCCCCCCCCACCCCACCCCACCGCUUUUCCUCCCCUAUAUCUUUCUGGGAUCUGGCCCGCAGCGAGCCGACGGGGACGCUCUCACACUGAGGCCACUCACGUCAGAUGAGGACAUGGUGAAAAUGCGACGGGACAAUGGUGGCCUCUGUCCGCCGUCGCACCAAUUGACGGGACAACUGACCAACUGACUGCGGGACAUGCGGACUCAAAGCCUCGUUAUUGACCCCCAUCAGCUCGUUACCAGCUCAUCCGCCUCAGCGUGGUUCCUAUUCUCCUUACAGCAGGUUCAAAAUAAAGAGGAGAGAAAGCUGUCCUGGGCGCUUUGUCUUUAGGCCGAAAACUCUGGUCUGAAUGUGUCACUUUAUCAACUCAAGCUUGCUUUCAGCUAAACUAAUGUCAACAUUUACGCAAUCUUUCAAUAGACCCAGAAUUAAAGGAGUAAAUUUACUCUUUUUCUUUCCUGAUGGCUUCCACUAUCACCAGGAUUGUCUGUUUUUGAGAGCUUCUCAGCUACGAUCCAACAAAGCUUUAUUGCAAAGAUAACCAACGCAGAUACCAGUUUGUAUAAAAUCCUAACUGUUCAGAUUCAUCAUAGUUUAUUUAUCAGGUAAUUCCUGCUAAAUAAAUCGUUCCAGGGCUGGAUCAUCAGUGUUUCCCUCAUGUCCAAACUCAAAUUAUUCAGCACAUCAAUGUUAAGAUAAAAAAUCUAUUUUUUUUUUGGGCGGGUGAAAUUAUUAAACUGUAUUUAACCAACAGGUGAUUAGAUGACUCUCUUAAUAACCCUUAAUAAUGAUGAUUGGUUAAAGUUGGUCUUUAUAAACUCCAUUUAUUGCAUAAAUUAAUGUUUAUUUUUAUAUUUGAUUGUCAAAACUUGGUAUAAUCUGUUUACAGCUAUAUUGAAAUACUUGGAAUGUUUGCCAGUGUCAAUGCUAUGCUAGUAAAUCCAUGCAAGGUGCCUGUUGGGGAAACCUUUUCCAGGCUGACAAGUAGCGCAUCCAAUUUGUCCCAGUGUUGAUUUCUUUGUAGAACAGGGACACUCUGUCUCCAGUUGCAAACAAAAAUGGAGUACAAUAGCAAAAUAAAACUUUUAAAGCGUGAUAUAGAUGCACAAACUGAGCAGUCAACAUUUUCUCAGGUUGAAAUAAUCUUUCUACUUUUAUUUCUAAGCAGCCGAGUGAAUCAAAUUUCCAAUGCUGACCUAAAACCUUCCAACACUCAACUGGUGCCUCAUUCAUUAAACUGGGGUUAAAGUUUUACUGAGCACAGGUAGUAAUGUUAGUUUCUUUUACAGCUGUAUGUGGAUCUAAGAUGCUAACUUUAGCCAUUAGCAUGCUAAUGUUGUAGUUCUUAAAUGCUAAUAAACAUCUAGGCUAAUAUACAUGGAGAACAUUCACAGCUCUGUUCUUAAUGUUCACUAAUUCACCACAAACUGCACAAGAAAUGUGUGCGAUAAAGUAAACUAAUCCUAAAUUUAACUUGCUAAAAUUAACUCUAGCAAGUCGUCAUUAGUUUUGCUUUUGGGUAAUGCUACAAAGCUAACAUGCUAAUGAACAUCUUGGUGAAUUUUAUGCUUACACGCUGACAUCAUAGGUUGACAGCCAACAUAAUUGUGUAGUCGUUUACUACUUGGAGCACUAGAAAUUCAUAUUAAAUUCUUAGUAUUUUAAUGCUACAAUAAAAAAAUGUAUCUCUUUGUUCACAACAUCCCCUCAUUUAAUAGUCAUUUAAGUUGAUGAGUUUAUGAAGUAUCGUACUUCAAACAGCAGCAUGCUAGAAAAGGGUUUACCGUACAGAUAAUUUAAAUAUGCUAAUGCUAACUCAAUAAUGAACAUUUUAGCUAGCUUUAGUCUUAAGAUCUGGUAUAAAAAGAUUGUCAACUUACUAAACAGACCUACUCACUUUUAGACAUGCAUACAAAAUGCAUGACUAGACCAGGUCAAAGUUAAGAACAGAAUUUACUAACGGUAGCAUACUAAAAUUGGCUUUUGCAAGCUAAUCCUAACAUUAGUAUGCUAAAUCUACCAUGCUAAUGAAUGUUUUGCCCAACUUCAUGCCUUUGUUAGCUUAAGCAACUUUUCAGAUUGUCCACUAAUAUACCAUUAAGUGCAUUAUAUAGUAAAUCCACUCGUUAGCGGUAGUGGUAAAAAACAAAUUUCAUCCUCAACUGCUUAUAGUCUACAUGUUAAAGUAAAAAGUAUGUAACAGAGGCUCAUUAGGGAGACUAACUUGACUAGAUUUGACCAAACACACUACAGCUAGCUUUACCAUGCUAACAUUAACCUGUCAGCUUUAACCUAGUGAAGUUGACCUGCUAAUAAACCAAGCUACUGCUAUCUCUAGUGUUCUGGGUGACGAUGGCUAUGUUACAGUAAGUGAAUUAACAUUUUGUAGCAUUCUCUUCACUAUAAAUAAAAAAACAAGCAUUGCAGCCACUUUUCAUCAUAUUUCCUCUCAACCACCUGAGCUACAACGUUUUCAUCCUGGACUCUCUGGUAAAACACCGCCAUCUUCAUCCGUUAAAGGUCUGAAUGUUUAUCUCACUGGAUUAAAGCAAGAGCUUCAUGCUUUAUGUCACUUUGGCACAGUAACUGGAAGUGAGGAAAUUAAUAGUCUGGCGUUUUUAUUACUCACCUGACCAAGCUGUUGGCUUCAUGAUUUGUUCAUCUUUGCCUCUAACAACUGAGGCGGGCUCAUUAAGGGCCUAAAACUCAUAGACUCAUUGGACUGAACCAACAAAACACCAUCUGAGAAACAAAAAUCAGCUGCUUUCUUAUUCUGCACCACCUGUUUUCUCUCCAGGUGCACCACUGAAUGGAUUCAGUCUCCUUGUUUAUGAUGUCUAUAUCUCCUUUAACAAUCUGGAAGAAACCGUAGAGGACGGUGCAGUCAGAGGGCUGGAGAGUGGGGGGGCUAGUUAUUUCUGACGUUUACAAAACAUAUCACUGUGUCUGUAGACGGAGGAGAGGUGUUGGUUGUAGUUUUAGCUUUAGACAUCUUUUUUCCGUAAUUAACUUGAAUCUUUUCGAACAAUUGUUUCACUGACUUAAAGGCUUUCAAAACUUUGCACGAAGCGUUCGAAUCGGUCUGAGUCACUGUAGUUUGAAUAAAAUGUUCGAAAUGUU